UCCACCCUUUCUGUUUGUUCUCGCACUGAUAUGUAGUGAUAGGCGGUAAGUGUCUAUAUAAUCGUAAACGCGGAACACUUCAGUUCGGUUGAGGGAUCGAUCAGUUGUUAUAGGUAAUGGACAUGGUUGUGUGGGUUACCCGUUGAGUGUACAGGUUACAUUCCCCUGAGCAGUUUUUGAAACAACAGAUUUGAAAUAUUUAUCUUGGGGAAUGAGAACACGGGAUCGUAACUACACGCAGUCAAGCCUCGCAGCACCAUGCUCCCAACACCAAGCAAUGUGAGGAGCCGGUACACCAAGCAGUACAAGGAACAGGGAAUGGCAAACCUGGAAAGAGCCGUGCACGACUCGGCGCUAAAAUUCAAGAAAUUACCGACACGGGCCAAAAUUUUAUUUGCUUCCUCCCUGGUUGUAUCUGUGCUAUUUUACGGUCUGAUCAUCAGAAGUUUUUUCAAGAAUGAUUUGAUGGAUGAAAACUUCCUGGAAACUGACAAGUGUCCAGCCUGUUAUGGCAUGAGUGCAUGUGGUCAGUUCUUUUACGAUCGGGUCAAGUUUAAAGGGUGGUCGAAGUUGCGAUUCCUUGACAGGGUGAAUGUGAAGAAUGUUCACUUAGCUGAUCAUCAGGACUUGAACAGUGUGGUCAUCAAGAAAUUAGGUCACGAUAGUGAAAUCCAAACAAUCGAUGAUAAAAUCUGUUCUGAAGGCAACCGGCCUGCUGGUUGUGAUAUUCCCAGGAUUAUAUAUAUCACAAAUACUGCCGAGGCGUUGAAGAGAGGUCCGAUUCAGCCAGAAAUUUUGAAGGGAGAGGCAUCCAUGUUUACGUGUGGGUCCUACCGACUGUUGGAUCGCAUGUGGCAUUAUUACAAGGAGCGGACGAAGAAGAAUGAAAUAUAUUUCAGGGAUAAGGUUCAGCUGUGGUACAUCAGUAUGGUCAACACAGAGCCUCUCAUGUUACAGACAUUCCCAGCUUCGGAGGGGUGGCCGUUUCCAGAGUACUAUGGCGCCUGUGGACGCUACAUGAUGGUGGAAGACACUGGCAGACCCCUGGGGGACUUUUACGAUGCUCCGUUUGAGAAGAGGGCUGAACUAGCGUCCCAGAUCAUGCAGAUAGCUGACCAAAUGACCAACAACAAAGAAGAGUUUGCUCUGUACUGGACCGACCUGACUUACGAAAACUUGUCUGUCGAUGCAUCUGGCAAGGUCAGGGUUAUUGACCUUGAGAAUAUCAUCGUGGUGGAUCUCAUGGCAAUCACAGCAACCAAGCCCAAAGGAUGGGAUGACUUUCUGGAAAGCCCUUUUGAUGAAUGUGGAGGCAAAAACUGCCUUGGGUUCUCCACGAAGAAACUAUGUUCCCAUGUCAACUCAGAUCAUAAUUAUUAUGCAGCGUGUCGCAACAUUUUAUCCCAGUAUGCAAAUGAGGAUGGAAAACCAGGAGGGUUGCUACACGAUAUGCCAGAGCAUGCUCGUGACUACUGGGACCUUGAAAAUCUCCUGAAUGAAUGUGCACGGCCUCAGAAAGAACAAGGUCGAAUGAAGGUCAAGGGCAAACUUAUGACUGCGUUUGAGAAUCUGGGUUCUGACCCCAAUGUCGAUGUUAAUGUAUUGGAUGAGGCUAUGAAAGAUCAAAAUUAAAAAUGUAUUUUGAGAAGACUGAAAAGCAGGUUAAAGGAUGAAGAAUAUGAAUGAAAACUUAGGAACAAAUACUAUUGAGGGACCUGUGUGACAAAGUGAUUGUGUCGCUAAGAUGAUCAUGACACUCAGGUCUUGAGUAAGAGCAGGGAUGACUUUGACAUCAACAUGAAAUCUCUGCAUGUACAGAAUUUUGAAAGAAACAAACAAUUCCUUAUAAAUCAAAAAAGGAGCCCCAAUGAAAUGGGAGAUUCUGAAUCUAAACCUGAGGAAAUCUAGACUUGCUUCAGUUAGGUCUUUAGCAAUGUGGAAAGGGCUGGGCGGAUGGGAAACUGAUGUGGUUCAGGGAAAUUAGGAUGACUUAUACAUGGGACCAUUUUCUGGACUGUUGUUGAAUGUGGUAUGACAUUGUUUGAAACUGGGUUUAAACAUAUUGUUGAUUGGAGUUAGGAGUUCUGCGAGUGUGUUUAUUUUGUGGUGUUGACAUGAUUUGUUCAGUGGAAAUAGAAGAAAACUUAUCAUGUGAUGGAGAAUUGAGAUAUUUUAUACAUUCUUGCCACUGAAGUGUGAAUGUCUGCUCACAAACUGUUCAAUUUCAUAAUAUGUAUAUUUGCACCAAUUUCAUUAACAUCUUUUGCUCCUGGGCCUAGAUUUCUAAAGCUCUCUUAGCGCUAAGAUAGUCGUAAGUUAAUGUAUGGCAUUUACGCCUAUCUUAGCGCUAAGAGAGCUUAAAAAAUCUAGGCCCAGUUCAAUACCCAAUCUCAUCUGACCGUAAGUUUGACACUUCAGAGUUCGACACACAGCAGUGUUUCACAGUAUAUUUAUUUCAGGGUCUGUAUCAGAUUUCUGUUGACCAGGUUCAAAAUGCAACACUUAAACUUGUGCGUGUCUGCAGAGAAAUGAAUGCUGCUAAUAUGAAAACUAUUUCCUUAAAUAGGCGCCCCAUUGUAUGUUUUCAGUUGGAAUAGAAGCAUCCAAACUCAUAAUACAGACUCAGGACUAAUGAGAGACCUCACAUUUGAACUAUUGUGCUAAAUCGACCCUUUUUUUAUCUUCGAUUUCAAUCCAUUCCACUAGGUAAUUUAAGUCUAAAAUUAUGGGCACUUAUUAAAGACCCUUAUUUAUGGAGUUGUUCACUGCUUUGAACCCACUGCUUAGGCCUAAAA